UGAAUCCAGCGUCGUGGUCAUACGACAACCCUCCCGCCCGACCUUUUUGUAGCGGUCAACACCAGAGAACAAUGGUUGGGCCCAGUGGCGUCUAUCGUUACCGGCUUGGCGCCAAAUUGAGCUCCUAAAUUGGGUCAGGCAGGAAUAGACGCGACGUGACACCGCCUGCAGAGGAUUCCAAGCGCCGUUAUUGGCUGGCUGAGCGCCAGCGCCUGCAAGAUGCAUAAAGUGUGCUGGCCACUAAGGACGACCGACCAGCUUCCCUCCGGCGAACAGCCAACCAUCUGGGGAGCAACUGCCUUUCCGGUGCAGAACAAAAGAUGCGGAGGCCGAUUCGUACCCACCCAUCGCCCCCAAUCACUCCAAGGAAUCCAUUCGUUGCCCGCGUCACACAGUCCCUGCAGUCCCACAUUCAUCAGAUUGCCUGUGCAGUCUCUGCAGUGUCAGCAAAUCCCCACAGUACCGCCUGCGGUCCAUCCCGCCUUCUUGAGCUUCCUACGAGCCUUCACAUUGUGUGCUGCACCUGCAGUCAGAGGCACGUACGUACAUACCUUACCGAUCCCGGCGCUUCCCACUCAACAAUUGCUUUCCCCCAAUCCUCGUCCAUGCCACACUAGCCGCCAGUGCAUGCACACUCAGCAUGGAAGACCCAUACGUACCAUCAUGAGGGGUUGUAAUCGGGUGGGUGACGCUACACCCAACAAUCACUGUAUAUAGCCGCUCAAACCCCUAUUCGCGCCCCCGCUUCCGAAGGUUCGCGAUCCGCUUUUCUGGCACUCACACAUCUGAUCCCCCCGUCAUCACCUGUUGGCCAUCCGUGAGAUCGCUCGCC